AUGGCUUGGGCAACUCCAAGGAUAGGCCUUCGUGGCCCUCUACGUCUCAUUGACUCCCUGUCUUGGACUCCAGUUCGACAUGCUUCGUUAACCUCCGCCAUCGAACGCGGCAUUCGCAAGUCGCAAAAUCUCCGCGGCCCGCCCUCCAGAUCUCCAGAGUCCGCGAGAUCCUCACCGAGCAGAUCGCGUUUCCAGAAGCCCGCCAGGAAUCACGUUUCCAGGUUUGACGAGGACGAAUUCAUUAGGACGGGCAGUUUCCAUGGCCUGCCUCGCGAACACCGAGAUGUCCGGCCACCAAAACCAGAGCCCGUCAAACGGCACAAAAGGAAAAGGGGACAGGAUGUUCAUCACCCCACAGACGCCAUUCCCGAGCGCGUGAAGUCGGAAGUGAAGAUCCCAACUUCGAUACCCUACACCACGCCGGCAUCGGAGUUCAUCUACGGUACGGGCGCGGUGGAGGCGGCACUGCGCUGCAGUCGGCGCCAGCUCUACAAGCUAUAUCUCUACCAGGGGGCAGACGAGGAACUAAGCCCGGCGAAAAUCAAAAUCCGAAAGCUGGCCCUGGCCAAGGAUGUCAAGAUCAAGAUGGCCUUUGCGAAAUGGGUGCAGCUUAUGGACCAGAUGAGUGCUGGCCGUGCGCAUAACGGCUGCAUUCUAGAGGUCUCCCCUCUGCCAAAGCUUCCCGUGCAGUCCUUGCGGCCUGUUUCUGCCAUUACCGAUACUCAUUUCCGGGCUGAACUGGCACCGCAGACACGGGAGGAAGCGGCGGUCAAUGGCACGAGCGAUCUCAUUCCCAUCCUUCACCCGGCUCCAUCUACGCCUGAGGAGCAACCACGACAUCGAUUCCCAGUGAUUUUACUUCUGGACGGAGUCGUGGACUCUGGUAACGUGGGUGCUAUCAUUCGGUCUGCGUAUUAUUUAGGCAUCGACGGAAUUGUCUUUGCUGGUCGCAACUCGGCUCCUCUAUCGCCUGUGACGAUCAAGGCUUCCGCCGGCGCGGCUGAGAAUAUGACUAUGCUCUACGCAAGAAAUGAAGUCGAAUUCAUUCAACGGUCUAAAGCAAACGGGUGGCGGUUCUAUGCGGCUGAUGCCCCGAGCCCAGGCGUUCCCGUAACGCACGUGGACCGCGUCUCGAUGGACGGGAGUCAGGACGGCAAUGGGCAUCCGUUGGGGGGAGCGCCUAGCGUGCUCAUGAUGGGCAGUGAGUCGUCUGGCUUGAGCGCUCACAUCAAGUCGCAUGCUGAUGCGACGGUCACUAUCCCUGGUGCCCGGCACAGCGUGUACUUGGGCGUCGAGUCCGAUCCGGCCCGUAUCGACAGUCUCAAUGUGAGCGUGGCCGCCGCAUUGCUUAUGGAUAUGUUCUUGCAAACUCGACUUGCAGUGUCGGGACCAGUGAAGAAGCAAAAGAUGUGGUAA